AUGGCACUCUUCCCGGGACUGUGGGAGCCGUACAGCAUCGCUCGCAUUCAGUUGGCCACACGUGAGUCACAGGAGGGCCCUGAUUCUAUAGAAGAGGGCGAUGGUCCCCCUUUACGGCAGAGAGCUUGUCGGCCGUGGGUAACCCUGUCCACGCCAGGGCUCGGGGGGCCCAGGAGGUCGGCGGGCAUUCUCCCGGUGUUGAGCCCUGUCUCUGCCUUGCAGUACGUCCACGCGGAUGCGCCCACCAACAAGACGCUGGCUGGGCUGGUGGUGCAGCUCCUGCAGUUCCAGGAAGAUGCCUUCGGGAAGCACGUCGCCAACCCGGCCUUCACCAAGCUCCCGGCGAAAUGUUUCAUGGAUUUCAAGGCUGGAGGCGCCUUGUGUCACAUUCUCGGGGCUGCGUACAAGUACAAGAAUGACCAGGGCUGGCGGAGGUUUGAUCUACAGAAUCCAUCCCGAAUGGAUCGUAAUGUUGAGAUGUUUAUGAAUAUUGAAAAAACAUUGGUGCAGAGCAAUUGCCUGACCAGACCCAACAUCUACCUCAUUCCAGACAUUGACCUGAAGUUGGCUAACAAAUUGAAAGAUAUUAUCAAACGACAUCAGGGCACAUUCACUGACGAGAAGUCGAAAGCUUCCCACCACAUUUACCCACAUCCUUCCUCACAAGAGGAUGAGGAGUGGCUGCGGCCCGUGAUGAGGAAGGACAAGCAGCUGCUGGUGCACUGGGGGUCGUACCCGGACAGCUAUGACACGUGGGUCCACAGCAACGAUGUUGAUGCGGAAAUUGAAGAGCCACCCAUUCCAGAAAAGCCGUGGAAGGUUCAUGCAAAGUGGAUUUUGGACACUGAUGUGUUCAAUGAAUGGAUGAAUGAGGAGGACUAUGAGGUGGAUGAGAACAGGAAGCCCGUGAGUUUUCGACAGCGAAUUUCAACAAAGAAUGAAGAGCCAGUCAGAAGCCCCGAGAGAAGAGACAGGAAGGCAUCAGCGAGUGCUCGGAAGAGGAAGCACUCGCCCUCCCCGCCACCCCCCGCGCCCACAGAGUCCCGGAAGAAGAGCGGGAAGAAAGGCCAAGCUGGUCUCUAUGGGAAGCGCAGGAGUCAGAAGGAGGAAGAGGAACAGGAAGACCUCACCAAGGACAUGGAGGACCCCACACCUGUGCCCAACAUCGAGGAAGUGGUGCUCCCCAAAAACGUAAAUCCAAAGAAAGAUAGUGAGAAUACACCUGUUAAAGGAGGAACUGUAGCCGAUCUAGAUGAGCAGGAUGAAGAGACGGUCACAACAGGAGGAAAGGAAGAUGAUGACCCCAGCAAAGGUGAUCAGAGUCGGUCAGUGGACCCUGGUGAAGAUAACGUAACCGAGCAGACCAAUCACAUCAUCAUUCCGAGCUACGCAUCCUGGUUUGAUUAUAACUGUAUUCACGUGAUUGAACGGCGUGCUCUUCCUGAGUUUUUCAAUGGGAAAAACAAAUCCAAGACUCCAGAGAUAUACUUGGCUUAUCGAAAUUUUAUGAUUGACACAUAUCGCCUGAACCCCCAAGAAUAUCUGACCAGCACCGCUUGUCGGAGGAACUUGACUGGCGACGUGUGUGCUGUGAUGAGGGUCCACGCCUUCCUAGAGCAGUGGGGCCUUGUUAACUACCAAGUGGACCCGGAAAGCCGGCCCAUGGCGAUGGGACCCCCGCCUACGCCCCACUUCAACGUGCUGGCUGACACCCCCUCUGGGCUGGUGCCUCUACACCUUCGAUCCCCUCAGGUUCCUGCUGCUCAGCAGAUGUUAAGUUUUCCCGAGAAGAACAAGGAAAAACCGAUUGAUCUGCAGAACUUUGGUCUCCGUACUGACAUUUACUCCAAAAAAACCUUGGCAAAGAGUAAAGGUGCCAGCGCUGGACGGGAGUGGACGGAGCAAGAGACGCUGCUGCUGCUGGAGGCCCUGGAAAUGUACAAGGACGACUGGAACAAGGUGUCGGAGCACGUGGGCAGCCGCACGCAGGACGAGUGCAUCCUGCACUUCCUGCGGCUGCCCAUCGAGGACCCAUACCUGGAGAACUCGGACGCCUCCCUGGGGCCCCUGGCUUACCAGCCGGUCCCCUUCAGCCAGUCAGGAAACCCCGUCAUGAGCACAGUAGCCUUCCUGGCAUCGGUGGUGGACCCUCGAGUGGCAUCUGCUGCAGCUAAAGCGGCUCUGGAGGAGUUUUCUCGGGUCCGGGAGGAGGUGCCCCUGGAACUGGUGGAAGCUCAUGUCAAGAAAGUGCAAGAAGCAGCCCGAGCCUCUGGGAAAGUGGACCCCACCUACGGCCUGGAGAGCAGCUGCAUUGCGGGCACGGGCCCCGAGGAGCCGGAAAAGCCUGAAGGAGCUGAAGAGGAAAAAAUGGAAACAGAAGCUGAUGGUCAGCAGCCGGAAAAGGCAGAAAACAAAGGGGAAAAUGAAACGGAUGAAGGUGAUAAGGCCCAAGAUGGAGACAAUGAAAAAAGCAGCGAGAAGGAACAGGAUAAUGAAGUUAGUGAGGAUAUCAAGUCAGAGGAAACGGAGUCUGAGGAGAACAAGGAACUCACUGAUACUUGUAAAGAAAGAGAGAGCGAAAUUGGGAAGAAGAAAGUAGAACGUGAGAUUUCCGAAGGAAACGUAGCCACGGCCGCCGCAGCUGCUCUCGCCUCAGCUGCCACCAAAGCCAAGCACCUGGCUGCGGUGGAGGAGAGGAAGAUCAAGUCCCUGGUGGCGCUCCUGGUGGAGACGCAGAUGAAGAAGCUGGAGAUCAAGCUGCGGCACUUCGAGGAGCUGGAGACCAUCAUGGACCGAGAGAAGGAGGCCUUAGAGCAGCAGAGGCAGCAGCUGCUCACUGAACGCCAGAGCUUCCACAUGGAGCAGCUGAAAUACGCGGAGUUGCGAGCCCGCCAGCAAAUGGAGCAGCAGCACGGGCAGAACCCUGCCCAGGGCCACCAGCACCCGGGGGGCGCGGGCCUGGCGCCGCUGGGAGCAGCAGGGCACCCCGUCCCUCUGAUGCAGCACCAGAUGCCGCCGCCCCACCCGCCCCAGCCAGGUCAGAUCCCAGGCCCAGGUUCCAUGAUGCCCGGGCAGCCCCUGCCAGGCCGCAUGAUUCCCAGUGUCGCCGCCAGCAUCCACCCCCCCGGGAGUGGCCCCGCCCCUGCUGGGAUGCCGCCAAUGCCAGGAAGCAUCCUAGGACCCCGGGUCACCCUCACGGCCCCCAACGGCAUGUAUCCGCCGCCGCCUGCAGACGGAGUCCCUCCGCCUCCUGCUCCGGGCCCACCCGCCCCGGCCGCGCCCUAGCCUGGGGGCUGCUGGGAGUGUACGACCGGAGCCACCACCAGCCGCAGGGGAUGACAAGACACAUUCCUCAGCUUCCUGAUCUCUUUCAGGAUUUUUGUUCUCAGCCCAAGCACGCGUCCCAUCUCCCGCUCCCCCAUUCCUCUUGCCUCCCCUCUCCAGCCCCAGCGCCCCUGGAGUUAGGUCCUCGGCCCACAUGCGGGGGCCCUGGUGACAGUAUGUCCUGGGCAUUCUAGUUGUUUCUGUCCUGGUGUGGCUAUUCCAGGCUCUACCAUUUCUGUUGUCCUGCAGUCUUGUUUUGUCUUAGCCUCUGGAUAAUGUUUUAUAAUCAUUUCUUUUUAUUUCCUCCAUUGCUUUAAGGGAGAGCAUUCAAAGUUAAUAGGAACCAAAAACUGGUGAUGGGCAGAGGGACAGCAGCAGGGACAGCCUAAGGCAUUGCAAGUGACCUUACUCCUGCUCAUCCGAGCAGAGAACACGCUGAGGGUGACGCCUGGGAGGCGUGGCCACCCAUAGAGGCGCCCGAAUCAAAGGAGGAGGGGACCCCACGGGGCUUUCUCCAGUGAGGACUUGGCCCCGCCCAGGCCGGGCCUCCCCUCCAGGGCCACAGGCCUGCCUCCCUGCUGGUGGCUUGCUGGGCUGCAGUGGGUGUCUGUUUUCUGAGGCAGCGUGAGCCUGGAGGGCGGGCCUGGGGAGGCAUCCUUCGUCCCUGGGACCGGCCAGGAAGGGUCUGGGCCAAGGCCACGCGCCCUGUGAACCAGCCCCCUUGCUCAUUGCUGUGUGCAUGCUUUUGCUCUUAAAAAA